CGCGAGACGUGUCAGUGAGAGCGAGAUGUUGUCUGGGAUGGAUGUGAACGCUCUUCGAGUGAUUUGUGCGCUGUUCUUGUCAGAAAAACGAAAGACGCGAAAAAAGAGACUGUGGCAGAAACACUGGAGACACGGAGAGCAGGAGCUGUGUGUUCUGCAAAAAGAGAUUGAGGUUCACGAGAACAGUUGGUUUAUGACGGCUGGGGAGUUUGAUGAUCUGCUGCAACUGGUGAGUCCUCUCAUCACGAAACGGGACACGAAGAUGAGGCGCGCGAUAACGGCACGAGAGCGUCUGUCUUUAACUCUGCGCUUUCUCAUCACAGGGCAAACGUUCAGAUCCCUCAGUCUCCAGUAUCCCGUUGGAGGCUCCACUGUUUCCAUCAUUGUACUGGAGACAUGUGCUGCCCUGCAUCAGGUCAUGAAAGACAACGUUCUAAAGACACCGGACACUGAGGACGACUGGCGCCGGAUCGCCAAGCGUUUCGAGGAGAGAUGGCAGUUUCCACAUUGCGUCGGUGCGCUGGAUGCCAAGCACAUUCACAUCCAGGCUUCUGCCAAAAACGCUUGUCCGUCUCAAAACUUCAUCAUGAUGUCGGCCGCCGUGGAUGCAGACUUGAAGUUUAUUUAUGCAGAUGUGGGCAGUCGGGCCAGCGAGUCUGACGCCGGAGUGUUCGUUCAGUCAGAUCUGUGUAGAGCCAUGGACCAGAACCUUCUUCGCCUCCCUCCUCCCGAACCCUUGCCUGAAACCAAUAAAGCGAUGCCUUAUGUGUUCGUGGGGGAUGCGUCGUAUCCACUGAGGUGUGAUCUAAUGAGACCGUAUCCGCAGAAGGACAUGGAUCACGGCCGGAGGGUUUUUAACGACCGCGUCUCUCGGGCACGGAGCGUAGUCCAGAACGCUUUUGGCAUCCUUGCCAACAGAUUCCGGGUGUUCAGAUCCACCAUCUGUCUAGAACCAGAGAAGGUGGUCAAGAUCACCAUGGCCGCACUUUGCGUGCACAAUUUUCUCCUGGAGCGCCGGUCGGACGCGUACACGCCGGCAGAAUUUACAGACUGGGAAGAUUCCGACCACACGGUCGUCAAGGGAGCCUGGCGUAGAUACGGGACGGGAGUCUUCAAGCCGCUGAACAGCGGGAACAUCCGCAAUCCCUGUUUCAGCGCUAAAGAACAAAGAAAUGUGCUACGGAAUUAUUUUACUUCACCUGCGGGACGGCUUUCCUGGCAGGAGCAUCUCAACAGCCAAACACCAAAAGACUUCUGACCAUUAAUGUGUUUGUAUCGUUUGUGAUAACUGGAGCACAUUUGCAUCUGUUAUAGUUUGUCGAGGAGCUCUGACUUCAGUUUGUUCUGUAUCAACCGCUUCAACUCGAUCAAUCUGUGUUUUAUUUUCUCUGGCAAACAAUAUUUCACUUGUAAAUAAAAUUGUAAAUUUGUACAGUUACACAACAUAUACUCAGUAAAAAAUCUUUGUGUUCUGAAAAGAUGGUUGUAUGCAUAGCACCGAGGAAUCAUUUUGCUGCCAAAACAAAAUAUAAGUGUAUUUUAAUAAAGAACCAAGCUAUAAAAGGGGCCGAAGAGGUAGUCACAGUAUACGUGUAUGGGUCAUUGACGUCUAAGGAGUUUUAAAUACAAAAAAAGAUAAAUAUCUUAUAUAAAUAUAUAAACACGAAGAAUGUGCGUACACAUAAAUGCAGAUUAAAGUAUAAUUUUGUGUUUUUCUUCUAGAAGAGUCAUCCAUAGCCUUAAAGGAGUAGUUCAUUUUCGAAACAAAUUUUCAUGAUAAUUUACUCCAACCAUUGUCAUCCAAGAUGUUUAUGUAUUUGUUUCUUUAGUCGAAACGGAAUUAAGGUUUUUGAUGAAAACAUUCCAGGAUUUUUCUAGGGAUGCACCGAUACCACUUUUUCCUUUGCCGAUCCGAUACCUGAAUUCUGAGUAUCGGCCGAUACCGAUCCUGGUCCGAUACUAGCACUGUUUUUCUUGAUCAACAUAGAAUUGCAUAUAUUUUGAUCUUUUAUUACCAGCGGUGGAUAGUACUUAAGCAUUUUUACUUUCAAGUACAUUUUAAAAUAUCUGCACUUUAUCAGUGUUUUUACUUUGGACAAAAAAUGCUUCCCUACAUUAUAAAGCACAUCAUACUUUUCACUCCACUACAUUUCAUAAAUAAAUGUUGUUUUUAACCUUUUAAUCCUUAAGUAAAAGAAAGUGGUAGAUUUGAAUGUACUCAAGUAUUUUUACUUUUAAAAGUAGGAUUUUUAAAAAUGUAAUUAAGUACUGUAUUAAAGGUAAAAACAUAUACAAAUGUAUUUAUAAAUUGUACUGGAGUAUGAUUGCUUUACAGUGUAGUCUCAUAAAGUACAGAUACUUAAAAAAUGUACUUGAGCAAAAUACUACAAAACUAUCACCGUAUAAAAGUCUCUAAUGCAGAGUGGAACAGACUCGCGCAUGCGCAUCCUGGACGCAGAAUGAUGCGCUUAAUGCAUCCGUUACGGUUCCAGAACCAAAUCACUGAGGGUGCUUUUGAACAUAGUGAAGGUGCUCACUAAUAUCUAAACAUGUUAUGUUGUAAAUAGCCUGCAAUCAUAAACAGGAAAUAAAACUAUAUUCUAUAUAAUACUAUAUAAAAAAAAAUUACCACCAAACCAAACAUGGUAUUAUCUAUCUAUAUAUAUAUAUAUAUGUGUGUGUGUGUGUCACCUAGAUUUAGUAAUAAGAACAAAAUCUGUAAAAUUCAUAAAAAAUGUAAACAAUGGAACAUUAUCAAGAAAUAGAUCACCUCCCUUACGAAAAUUAAUGUAAAAGCCAUAGUUAAACGAUGGUUACUGUAGUAAAACGUAAUCCAUACACCCGUUAGGGAUGAGAUCGAACAAAAACAAUUGAAUUUCAAACCAUGUAAACAAUGGUGUAUAGCUCACUCACAGCGGACGCAGCACCUUUUUUACCAGUCAGCUAGUAGAGUUGACUUCCAGAGUGGAACACUACAAACAGGCAGAGAAGAAUCAAAGAGACAGGCUCACAUGCGCUUCACGCUCGCUGAAGACAUGAAUCAAAUAAAUCGCCAUUAUAAUACAGACAUAAUGAAAUUAAGAGUUUUUUCAAAGGUUGUGUUCAUGUAUUAAUGAACUAAGUUGUUUGUUUAUGUGUGCAUCUGCUUUUAUUGGCUAGUUUACAUUAUUAAAAAUACGCUAUUCGUAUACGCUAUUAAUAAUUUGAUCUGAGGGUGCUUUUCCUUAGCACCCUCAAGCACCCUCGUAGAACCGGGCCUGGGCCUGAUGAUGAUCCUUCUGAUGUCGCGGGAUCUUUGCUCGCCAAGUUGAAAACAGAUAUAACGCAAAGAGAAGAGAUAGCUUAUGUUAUGUGUUUAACACAAAUAAAGAGUUAUUGUGUAUGAAUAAAAAACACGUAUUAAGUUUUCUACUUUAUGUCUUCCAUCUUCAGUGGGUGGUCUGGAUCUUCCAAAUAUUCGGAAAUACCAGCUCAGUGUCCAUUUAAGUAUGAUCUCUAAUGUGCAUAAAGAUUCCAGAUUGGUGUGGUUUGAUUUAGAAAGCUCAUUAAGCAAAUAUCCACUGGUAAAUGUAUUGUUUUUCAAGAGACUUAAAUCUAUAAAGAUGGCCUGCAGUAAUCCAAUUACAAUUU